CACAAAUAAAAGAGGAAACCCCAGCCAGAGACAAGGCUUGGCAAGAAAAAGGCAAAGACAUCUCCUUUUCAGUAUUCCUCCCCUCUGAAAAAUUUCGCACAAGAGAGAAGACCCCUCCCCCGUCACUUCACUUCUCUGUCUCCCCAGCCUUGACUCUACUCUACUCUACUUACCACAGUCAAAGCAGAUAAGAAGGCCAAAACUGCAAAAAAAGAGAAAAAGAUAAACGAAAAACAGAGAGAAAAACAGGGCAGGUUAGUGGUGUGAGAGAAGUAUAAUAAGUGAGUAAAAGGGGGUGGGAGGAGAAGGAGGAAGUUAGCAAGAAAGUGAAGAGAGGGAAUGCAGCAGCACCUGAUGCAGAUGCAGCCCAUGAUGGCAGCCUAUUACCCCAACAACGUCACUACCGAUCACAUUCAACAGAACUUUCUGGUUUUGUUUUCCAUAUUACUUCAGUAUCUGGAUGAGAACAAGUCUUUGAUCUUGAAGAUAGUUGAGAGUCAGAACUCGGGAAAACUCAGCGAGUGUGCAGAGAACCAAGCGAGGUUACAGCGAAACCUCAUGUACCUAGCUGCAAUUGCUGACUCUCAACCUCAGCCACCAACUAUGCACUCCCAGUUCCCGUCUAGUGGGAUUGUGCAGCCAGGGAUGCACUAUAUGCAGCAGCAGCAGCAACAAGCUCAGCAGAUGACACCACAGGCACUCAUGGCUGCAAGGUCCUCAAUGAUGUACAGCCAACAGCAGCCAUACAUGUCUCUCCAACAGCAGCAGACGUUGAACAGCCAGCUGGGGAUGAGUGGCGGCAGUGGGACCUCAGGGGGUUUGCACAUGAUGCAGAGCGAGUCCAGCAAUGCAGGAGGCAGCAGUGGGAGUGGUGGUCUUGGUUUUCCUGAUUUCAGCCGAGACGGUAGAGGAAUGGGUGGUGGUGGGAGCAGCAAGCAAGAGAUGGGGAGCGCUGGCUCGAGCGAAGGGAGGGGUGGGAGCUCUGGUGGUGGUGGUGGAGAUGGUGGGGAGACUCUUUACUUGAAGUCGAACGACGAUGGGAACUGAGGACGAUGGAGUUCAGAUGGUAAGAGAAGAUGAUCUUGGAGUGAUGGAAGCUGAAGAACUUGUUAGUGAAGCAGGCAGUUGAUGAGUCAGGAAGUAGGUAGGUAGCUAGCUAGUAGAAUGUUGGGGGAGCAAAGGAGGUGUAGUCUUGCUAGUUGUUAGUGUAAUGGGAGAGGAAGAACUUUGAUAUAUGUAUGGGAUGGUGGAGGCCAACUUCCGUUCUAGGGGGAACCUAGUGGCUAGUUGGAUGAGUCAAUUUCAGUUGGUAACUUCUUUUAAAAAUUGUGGUUCGGAGACUAGAUUCUUGUUGGUUGUGUUUGUCUUUUGUGUAUCUGUAGGCCUCUUCUCCUCUGGUACGUAUGCAUCACCACCAUCGUUUCUUCUUCCUGUCUUUGUUUCUGUGAUAUACGCCCAAGGAGGAAUGGGCCUUAGAUCACACAUCUUGCAACUGUUGGGCCGACCACAAGGUUAUCAAAUUGGUUUAUAGUUUAUACUUGGUUUAACAA